AGUAAAUAUAAUAGCAUGCUUGCCUAUGUUAAUAUUGCAGGGAUCUCAGAAGAGUUACGUGUGCAGCUGAACAGACCCAAUCUACCGGAGGAUGUAGAAGAAGGGGGUAAGGUUACCCUCAUCUGUAGGGCUAGCGGUAACCCCGUACCUAUGGUCACCUGGUAUCAUGACCAAACACCAGUCGUCGCUGGUUCCAACGUUGAUAUCAGCGGUACUAGGCUGAAGAUCAAGAGCGCCACACCCCUGGAUAGUGGUAUCUAUUCCUGCAUGGCGACCAAUGUAGCAGGCUCCAUGCCCAGCACAGAAAAUGUCCAGUUUAACAUUGUUGAUUCCAAUACUCCUGUUGUUGAAGUAGCACCUACCGAUGCCAUACGUGUUCUAGGAGAUUCCAUCAUGUUCCAUUGUCAGUUCAGUGGAGACCCAACCCCACCGGUAGAAUGGUAUACUACUAGCAAGGCUGGUGGUGAAAUCCCUCCACAACUCAUGAAUGACACUGAAACUGGGACGUACAUCAUAGGUAAUGGUAGUUUGAGUCUGGCCAAUCUAACGGCCGGUGAUGAGGGCGAGUUCCAGUGUGUAUGUGACAGCCCUCAUGGACGACCGUUUGCCAGCGCCAGGCUGACCAUAGCAACCGUGAACCCUCUACCUGAGUUUGAAGCCCAGUUGAUUCCAGAAGGCGACACAAAGGCCAUAAACUGCUCCUAUCCAGCAGGCGACGUGGGAGGCAUUCCUACACCCUCUAUACAUUGGCUGAAACCUAGUUUACGUGAGGUACCUUUAGAUGGGACUAAGACUAAGAGGGUUCGUGUGGAAGAGCAAAAGAAUCUUCUCGUCUUUGAUCCUAUCAAGAAAUCUGACGAAGGCAACUAUACAUGUGUGUCUAGUAACAUGGCUGGCAAAACAACCCAGAUACUCAAAGUAGUGGUUGCUACUGCACCCAAGAUUACAACCAGACCUGUAGAUGUUCACAUCAGAGAGAGAGAAGAAGCAACACUACGAUGCAAUGCUACCGGUACUCCUACACCAACAAUCAGCUGGACAUUUGGCACCAGAGAUAUCACAAAUAAACAAGGCAUAGAGGUGUCAGCUGAUGGAUCGCUGGUAAUCAACAGUGCAAUGACUCGACAUAAUGGUACCUAUACAUGUACAGCUAGGACCAUAGCGGGCAUCAAAACUGCAUCGGCUAACAUCUUUGUCAAAGCUAUCCUGAAGUUCAAUCCACGUCCUAUUGCUGUGACGUCUUUAGACCGUGGGGAGAUGAACCGUCUAGUGUGCCACGCUACAGCCAGCAUCCAACCAUUUAUUGCAUGGCACAAGCAGGGUAUAAUAGGAACAUGGCCAGAUCAUAUCUCAGAACCUAACUCAGGAGUCCUGCAAUUCAACCCUGCUGAAGCAAGCGAUGCUGGAACGUACAUCUGCAUUGCAUCCACGGGUCUGGAGAGGAUUAAUACCACCGUCAGAAUCGAUGUAGUCGUGAAACCCAAGUUUGUGAUCAUACCAAACAACACCAUAGGAUUUGAGGGUUAUUCUCUCAAGAUUGACUGCACAGCUCAUGGAGAUCCUGAACCAACGAUCACAUGGAUUAGUAAACCAAUCAUGAACUACCCUGAGCAUUUCACUCAUCUACCCAAUGGUACCCUCAUCAUCCAAGAGGUUCAUGCUAAUGAUGCUGGCAGAUAUCAGUGCAUCGCUGGCAGUGAUGCUGGGCUUAAUACCACAGAGAUAACACUCACUGUGCAGAAGGGUACUCCUCCUGACCAAGUGCCUGUACCAGCUCAGGUCAUGACCCGAACCAUCGCCAUCGCUGUAGGGUGUGCCGCGGCCUACAUCUUCCUGGUCGUCGGUCUCAUGCUAUGGUGUCGUCAGAGACGUCGACGAUACAGACGCAAGAUGAAGAACAUGGAGAAGCCCAACGGAAUGGUGGCAGGAGGAGCGAACAAUCGGAUGCUGAAUGAUUAUCACGAGGGAGAGAAUGGCAAGGUUGCUGAUGGGGAGAUAGCAUUGAAUCCAACACCUAAUAAGAACCACCAGAGAGGGAGCUAUGACAAGCUGCAGUUCCCAAAACAUGAUAUGCAGACCAUCACUACUAUUGGUCAUGGAGCAUAUGGUGAGGUGACCCUAUCGAGGGCAGCAGGCAUUAAAGAUGGUGAGGAGGCUACCACAGUGAUGGUCAAAGCUCUGGAGACCAAAGAGGAGUCGUUACAGCUAGACUUCAGACGAGAGAUCGAGAUGUUAGGCAAGCUCAACCAUGAGAACAUCGUCAAGCUCCUGGGUGUGUGUAGGGAUACUGAACCACAACUAAUGAUCACUGAGUAUUUAGAUUGGGGUGAUCUGAAGCAGUUCUUGCAGGCAACACGUGGUGAGAACGGCACCAAGAACGUCCCACCUCCUCUCACCCUGAGUCAGAAGAUAGACAUAGUCAACCAAGUAGCUCUAGGCAUGGAGACCUUGUCAGCUAAUCGGUUCAUCCACGGUGACCUGGCUGCUCGUAACUGUCUUCUAUCACCUUCUAUGGAGGUGAAGAUCUGUACCAUGUCUGUAAGUCAAGAUCUCUACCGCCCAGAGUACCAUGAGUAUCACCAGAAGCUCAUCCCGGUUCGCUGGAUGCCGGCUGAAGCCAUCUUUGAGGAUGAGCUCUCAGCCAAGAGUGAUGUUUGGGCUUAUGGGAUCUUUGUGUGGGAGGUAUUCAGCCAGGGCACGUUGCCCUAUACACAGCUAGAUAAUGAUGCGGUGAUGCGAGCCAUGAUAGAUGGUGAGUUGAUGCUGGAGACACCACCUGAUACACCGGAGGAGAUUGAGCUGAUGAUGCAUCGAUGCUGGGCUGAUAGUCCUAAGGAUCGUCAUACCUUCUCCGAGAUCACUCACCAUCUUGGACGUAUUUCAACUGACAGCCGUGUAUAGGUACCUACCUACCUACCUGCAGUACAAGUCACAGUUAUGCAAUAUCUCGGUGACGUCAAGGCUCUCUGAAGACAAGAAGAGCAUUGGAUCUGCAUGCACAUCUACUCCGACAGUUGGAGAAACUUGAGAAUGUUCAAUGUGCUGGCAUCUCAACGGUCAUGCAGAAUGCAGAUUAAUGCUUGGUAGUGAGAAAUCAAGUCUGUAGACUUCUAAAAAGCUAAUAACUUUCUUUGCUUGAUAGAGCAAAAGAAGAAUAAAGUUUUGAGAGGACUGCAAACCAAAUUAUUGGACUAGAAAUAAUAAUGUAUGCAAAAAUGUAAAUGAAUUGUCUAUGUUUGCAAUCCAUCCUCCUUUACAAACAUCGUAUGAUAAUAUGAGAAAAUAAGGAAUGAUAUGAAGAUGAAAGUUUGUGAUGUUUUAACUUGUAUUUAUUGUGUUAAUGUAUCGUAAAAUUUGUCCAGUAUUUUGUACCGAAUUAUGGAACUAAGAGCAACUCAAGUUUUAAUUAUUAUCCCUUUCAAAUUUUAAUGUAGACAUAGAAAUGGGACUUCUGUAUUUAGAUUUCAUCUAUAUAUGUCAAAUGGGCAGCACUGUACAUGUGAAACUUGAAUGGAUGGGCAAUCCCCAAAGGGCAGAAUAGAUAAGUCUGGUUAUAAUGUGGUAUAGCAUAUGUAGAAUUGAUAGAGAUAAUACUUACAACCUGAUGUAUACAAGAGCAAUUAGUGUUAUAGUCUCUAUCUCUCUAUCCAAUAAAUGUUUCAUUCAAAUGAGUAGGGUUUUUAGGGAGAGGGAAUUACCAGACAAUUUAAUAGAAAUGCUCAAAGUUUGAUUCUGUGAAUGGAAAAUACUAUAUCAUCAUAAAGUCUCUUCUUAUAAGUGUGUAAAUUGCAAUCUAGAGUAAAGAAGAAAACUUGAUGACACAAAGUAGAUCGAGUGAUGCCUCAUUUAGUAUUCAGUAUUAGAUAUACCUGUAGAUGUGUGACUUUUAAUGAAUAUGCAACAGCUCAUUGCACUGCAGGAGCUAGGACAGGCUAAAAGAUAGUCAAAGCACAAAAUAUGAAAGAAUAUCUGUAAAUAGUUGCACCUGUUUGCCAGUAGUAUAGACAAAUUACCUUGUAGGAAUAUAUGUAUCUUUUUCAUGAUCUGGUUUCUUAUGACAUGUUUCAUUGCACUCAAAUUACUAUUAAUGGAAAAAAUUAAGUUGAUAUGAACAAUUGAUAGUCGAUGCUUCCAUGAUGUUUUUCAGAGAGUUUUUUAUCCACAUAUAUAGAUAAGUUCCUCCUGGAAAAAAAUGUGAUUGCAUGUACGUGAUUUAAAGUCACAUUGGAAAUAAAAUGUAUUUUAGUCAUCGUUGAGUUGGAUCCAGAUAGUUCGUAAGACAGAAAUGUCAGUAACGUGAAAGGUUGUGAAUCCUAAGUAGAGUUUCAUCUUAUCAUCUGUACUGUCUAUUUCAAGUUAGCUUUCAGAAUGUCCAACCAGACCAAAUACACUUGGACCAGACUUGAUUUAGUAGGUGUUUAAUAGGAAUAUGAAAACUCACCGCCCGUCUGCAUAAUUUUUCUUCACAUUUGAAAUUAGUCACCUAUGUUGGAUUAAACAAAUGAAAUGUAUCUCUAGUUAUCCCCUCAGGCUCCUCAAGGAUAAAAAUGAAGUAAUUGUACUCCUCUCGCUAUGCUGCAAUACAUGGGCCAAAUAUGUUUACACCAUAACAGUGUUUCUGUGGUGAAAUGAGAUAGGUGCUAAUGGAACAAAUUAAAAACCAAGAUGUGGAUUGUUUUAUUCUUUGACGUAUCUGUAAUUGCCCAUUGACUGUUAUAAUCUAUCAGAACCAAAUAAUUAUUUGAAAUGUUCUCUUCUUCCUUCCAUUCUUCUUGAUAUCAAUUAUGUAAUUUUUUUUAAAAAUCCAUUACUAUGCCUGUACUUAUACUUCAUGAUUAUUAUUGCUAUUUUCCCCACCUCUUUUCCAAGUGAAAUAAUUUCAAUGUAAGAUUUUUUAUACCAAAUGAAAGAAGCAGUACUUCAAUUUUAUCUUGAUAAGUUCUUAUAAUCCCUUAUCUUGUUAACUGUAGUACUAUUAAUGAUUUUUUAAAAAUUGAUAUCCAGUACUUUGUGGUUAUGUGAUUUUAAAUGGGUUUAUCAAAAUGUUACUAUUUGGAAUGAGGUAAAAAGUAAUCUUUUCCCAAAAUAUUUCUCAUAUUUGUAACUUGAAGAAACAUAAGUUGGAGAAUGUAUACUGGUUGAAUCAUAUUAAUGUAUAGUCAGCAAUGCUGUAGAGGGACCAAACAUGUUCAAAACAUUCAGCAAACUUUAAGAAGCAGGAAUAUUAACCUCAUAAUGAGUGCUUUUGAGGACACAGUUUUUCAUGAGUCAUUGACAUACAGUCAUACACUAACAAUAAAAAGAAAGCAUGAAGCAUCUGCUUUAUCCUCAAACAAAUAUAUUUUAAAAGCUUUCAAAAGGAAUGGAAAUAGAUCUUGGAUAUGAAAGAAAUAAUAGUCCAAACAAUUUUAUAAAAAGUGUUUCUUCAUUUUUAUAUGUUCAAGAUUGUACACUGUUUGUUCAAGUCUUGCCACUCCAUACUUUCAGUGAGUUUGGAUUUUGAUGCAUUCAGAUAUGUAAGGAAUUUAGAUAUUCUCAGAUUAUUAAUAAGCUGUGGAAUAUAAAGUAAAAUCAAAAACCCACCCGACUUAAUUUGCAAAGCCUAAUCAUUCUUACUUUAUCAACUCAACCUUGAAAGCAAAUUUAAUUGGCAAACUUUUGAUUAUGGAUUGGAACUUUUAAAACAAAUGUCAGUCAGUUUCUUUGUCAUUUUUCUCAUAAAAAUGCAAAUAGUUUCGAUUCAUACUGCUUUAUAGUUAUGUUAUAAAUUGUACUAAUUGUUAUUUGAUGGAUGACUUAAUACCCUCUUAAAUUUGAAUGAGAUAAGGAUGAUGAUGUUGUCUUUCUAUUAACUUUUUAAUUUAUUGUCUUUUAUGAUUAAGUAAUGUGCAUUUUAAUAAUGAGAGGAUGCCUAGUUGGUGAUAUUAAUCUUGUCACUCUCAUGAAUUUUAUCAUGCUUUCUUAUCUUUGUAAUAAUGUAUUCUUAUUUAUGCUUGCAAAGCCUAAACUGUAUAUAUGUGUACAUUUGUCUUUUAUAAAGAGCACUUACUGUGUAAUACAUUGUUUCUUUUUGGACAGUCACCGUUAGCAAGGUAUUCAUGGCAAAAUUGCAAUCUGCACUUUUGAAAUGAAGAUAAAUCUGUAUGGUUCAUUCAAAUGUUUCUAAGAGAGUCUCCCAUAUUAUGAAUUCAGAUUUUGUUUUUAAAGAAUCAUGUAUUCAAAUUGAUUUGCAUUGAACUCUCAAAACCCUGCUGAAAUAUAUCAUGAAUUUUGAUAAUUUACCAUCAUUAGUACUUUAAAAAAUGAUGGUUUUAUUUCCAGAGAAGUCACAAGACCAUCCUUAUUUUUCAACUGAAAUCUGUAAUUCAGCAGUUUUUGUAUUAAAAAGGGCAAUGCUUUUAUAGUCAAGGUCACAAAUUGAUUCAUACAAAAUAAUCAUACUUGUAUCAAAAUAGAUUUACAUGUGUGUUGAAUCCUUGUAAUUAAUUACUUUUAUAUGCUGGAUUGGGCUACACUGGAUUAAAACUGCAUUUUUACCAGAUAUCGGAAAAUGCUAAACAAAAGUAAGCAUUAUUUCAAUACAAAAAGCAAAACUUGAAGAUAAAAGAUACAAUUUCUUGAGUGAAAGAGGAUAGAAUAAUGAACCAAAGACUAUUUGUACUGAUUUAGGGAAGUUACCACUGUAUUUCAUUUCUUUCCACAUUUUCGUUCUAUUUAUUUGUAAAAGAAACAAGCUCACCGUUGUGGCAAGGUGAGAUUCUUAUGUACAUGCUGUAGUUAUACUUUGCUUUUUACUGUGUCAAGUCUGUGAAAUUUUUGGAACAAAAGAAGAAAAAAAUUGAAGGUAUUCUUGUUUUCUUUGAAAUUGGGUAGAUAUCGAGUACUAGUUGACAUACUGUUUUGACUGAUGAUAUACUUGCAAGAUUAUGUGCAUGCAAAAUUACUAGUAGACCUCUGUAUCCCCAUGUCAAAGUGGCCAUGUUUUCAUUUGUAUAAUGCAUACAAACAAGAAUAAAAAGUCAGUCAAGUUCUUAAGAAAA